AUGGCAGAAGGAAGUGACGGAUCAGGAAGUGAGCUUGAGAUGGAGUAUGGUGGCGGGAGGGACGAAGGCUGGGAUGUUGUGAAAGGGGGGAAAGCUAAGCGUAAACGCAAAGAAAGGGAACAGAAAGGAAGGACUUCAGUGUCAGAAGAGACAGAUAGUGAACAAGCGAAAAAAGAGAUAUUGGCAGUUGGGGAGAGCGAUCAGGCUGAACUAGCAACGCUAGCUAAGAGUGGAGGUGGUCUCGUUCGAGGAGUGAUCUUUGGGAUUCCGGGAGAAAAAAUGGCGACACCUGGUGAGGAAAUCUUAUCAAUUUUAGAAGAUUUGGGAGCUGAGGACUUUGAAAAAUUCAAGUGGUUCCUGCAGGGGAAGCUAGGAGGCAUCCAAGCAAUCCCAAAGAGUCGGCUGGAGAAUGCAAACCGGAUAAAAACUGUGGAUCGGAUGAUUGAGACCUACGGUGAAAAAGCGAUUGACGUGGCCAGAACAGUUAAAGAGAAGAUAAAUCAGAAACUAUCAACCCCCCCCUUCAAACUCGAAGACAAAACCAACCAGGACAUCCACUUCAUAUUUCCAUUCACCUUCAGAGAGCUGAAUGUGCUGAAAGAGAAAAAGUUCAGCUUGGUGGAACUUGUUCAUCACUUCUUUACUGAAACCAAAGAAGCAGGAAUCUGCAAGUUUAAAGAGUUCCACGUUGUGUUGAUCUUUGACGGUCUGGAUGAGUUUCGAGUUCCCCUGGACUUCAACAACACUGAGACCCUGACUGAUACCUUCAAAACGCGUCUCCACCAGAGUGCUGUGGACAAGGCCUUACAGAGUCCAAACGGACACCUGGACUUGUUCCUCCGCUUCCUCCUGGGUCUUUCUCUGGAGACCAAUCAGAAUCUCCUACGAGGUCUGCUGACACAGACAGGAAGUAGCUUACAGACCAAUCAGGAAACAGUCAAAUACAUCAAGAAGAAGAUCAUGGAGCAGAUCCAACAGUCCCUGAGAUCAGGAAGUCUCUCCACAGAUAAACUGUCUCCUGCUGAGUGGUCAGCUCUGGUCUUCAUCUUACUGUCAUCAGAAAAAGAUCUGGAUGUGUUUGACCUGAAGAAAUACUCUGCUUCAGAGGAGGCUCUUCUCAGGCUGCUGCCAGUAGUCAAAGCCUCCAACAAAGCUCUUCUCAGUGGCUGUAACCUGUCAGAGAGAAGCUGGGAAGCUCUGUCCUCAGUCCUCAGCUCCCAGUCCUCCAGUCUGAGAGAGCUGGACCUGAGUAACAACGACCUGCAGGAUUCAGGAGUGAAGAGGCUGUCUCCUGGACUGGAGAGUCCUCAUUGUAAACUGGGAACUCUCAGUCUUUCCGGCUGUCUGGUCUCAGAGGACGGCUGUGCUUCUCUGGCCUCAGCUCUGAGAUCCAACCCCUCCCCCCUGAGAGUCCUGGACCUGAGGUACAACCAUCCAGGAGAGUCAGGACAGAAGCUGCUGGAGGAUCCACGCUGCAGACUGGACACUCUCAGGGCGGAGCCUGCUGGAGUCCACUGGAUGACAUCAGGUCUGAGGAAGUAUCGUUGUGAACUCACAGUCGACACAAACACAGUCAGCAGGAUGAUCAAACUGUCUGGCAACAACAGGAGGCUGAUACAUGAGGAGAAGGAUCAGCCGUACCCUGAUCAUCCAGACAGGUUUGAUGUCUCCAGGCCUCAGCUGCUGUGUACAGAUGGUCUGACUGGUCGCUGUUACUGGGAGGUCGAGUGGAGCGGAUGGAUUCAUAUAUCAGGAGAAAAAAUGGCGACACCUGGUGAGGAAAUCUUAUCAAUUUUAGAAGAUUUGGGAGCUGAGGACUUUGAAAAAUUCAAGUGGUUCCUGCAGGGGAAGCUAGGAGGCAUCCAAGCAAUCCCAAAGAGUCGGCUGGAGAAUGCAAACCGGAUAAAAACUGUGGAUCGGAUGAUUGAGACCUACGGUGAAAAAGCGAUUGACGUGGCCAGAACAGUUAAAGAGAAGAUAAAUCAGAAACUAUCAACCCCCCCCUUCAAACUCGAAGAGAUUCUUCCUCGGUGCCUGCCAAAACUCAAAUCCAAUUUAAAAAAGAAGUUUGAGCGUGUGUUUGAGGGGAUCGCUAAAGCAGGAAAACAGACCCUUCUGAAUCAGAUCUACACAGAGAUCUACAUCACAGAGGGAGGGACUGCAGAGGUCAAUGAGGAACAUGAAGUCAGACAGAUUGAAACAGCAUCCAGGAAACCAGACAGACCAGAAACAAGAAUCAGACUAGAAGACAUCUUUAAAACCCCGCCUGGAAGAGAUAAACCAAUCAGAACAGUGCUGACAAAGGGAGUGGCUGGCAUUGGGAAAACAGUCUUAACACAGAAGUUCACUCUGGACUGGGCUGAAGACAAAACCAACCAGGACAUCCACUUCAUAUUUCCAUUCACCUUCAGAGAGCUGAAUGUGCUGAAAGAGAAAAAGUUCAGCUUGGUGGAACUUGUUCAUCACUUCUUUACUGAAACCAAAGAAGCAGGAAUCUGCAGGUUUAAAGAGUUCCACGUUGUGUUGAUCUUUGACGGUCUGGAUGAGUUUCGAGUUCCCCUGGACUUCAACAACACUGAGACCCUGACUGAUGUCACAGAGUCCACCUCAGUGGAUGUGCUGCUGACAAACCUCAUCAGGGGGAAACUGCUUCCCUCUGCUCGCCUCUGGAUAACCACACGACCUGCAGCAGCCAAUCAGAUCCCUGCUGACUGUGUUGACAUGGUGACAGAGGUCAGAGGGUUCACUGACCCACAGAAGGAGGAGUACUUCAGGAAGAGAUUCAGAGAAGAGGAGCAGGCCGGCAGAAUCAUCUCCCACAUCAAGACAACACGAAGCCUCCACAUCAUGUGCCACAUCCCAGUCUUCUGCUGGAUCUCUGCUGGAGUUCUGGAGGAGCUGAUGGAAACCAGAGAGGGAGGAGAGCUGCCCAAGACCCUGACUGAGAUGUACAUCCACUUCCUGGUCGUUCAGUCCAAAGUGAAGAAUGUCAAGUAUGAUGAGAAAUCUUGGACGGAUCCACACUGGAGUCCAGAGAGCAGGAAGAUGAUCGAGUAUCUGGGAAAACUGGCUUUUGAUCAGCUGCAGAAAGGAAACCUGAUCUUCUAUGACUCAGACCUGACAGAGUGUGGCUUUGAUAUCAGAGCAGCCUCAAAGGACUCAGGAGUGUUCACACAGGUCUUUAGAGAGGAGAGAGGACUGUACCAGGACAGGGUGUUCUGCUUCGUCCAUCUGAGUGUUCAGGAGUUUCUGGCUGCUCUUCAUGUCCAUCUGACCUUCAUCAACUCUGGAGUCAAUCUGAUGGCAGAGGAACCAACAGAGAUGAGUCUCUACCAGAGUGCUGUGGACAAGGCCUUACAGAGUCCAAAUGGACACCUGGACUUGUUCCUCCGCUUCCUCCUUGGUCUUUCUCUGGAGACCAAUCAGAAUCUCCUACGAGGUCUGCUGACACAGACAGGAAGUAGCUCACAGACCAAUCAAGAAACAGUCGAAUACAUCAAGAAGAAGCUCAGUGAGGAUCUGUCUGCAGAGAGAAGCAUCAACCUGUUCCACUGUCUGAAUGAACUGAAUGAUCGUUCUCUAGUGGAGGAGUUCCAAUUCUACCUGGGAUUACGAAGUCUCACCACAGAUGAACUGUCUCCUGCUCACUGGUCAGCUCUGGUCUUCACCUUACUGUCAUCAGAAACAGAUCUGGAUGUGUUUGACCUGAAGAAAUACUCUGCUUCAGAGGAGGCUCUUCUGAGGCUGCUGCCAGUGGUCAAAGCCUCCAACAAAGCUCUUCUCAGUGGCUGUAACCUGUCAGAGAGAAGCUGGGAAGCUCUGUCCUCAGUCCUCAGCUCCCAGUCCUCCAGUCUGAGAGAGCUGGACCUGAGUAACAACGACCUGCAGGAUUCAGGAGUGAAGAGGCUGUCUCCUGGACUGGAGAGUCCUCACUGUAAACUGGGAACUCUCAGGCUGAGUGGCUGUAACCUGUCAGAGAAAAGCUGUGGAGCUCUGUCCUCAGUCCUCAGCUCCCAGUCCUCCAGUCUGAGAGAGCUGGACCUGACUAACAACGACCUGCAGGAUUCAGGAGUGAAGAGGCUGUCUCCUGGACUGGAGAGUCCUCAAUGUAAACUGGGAACUCUCAGUCUUUCUGGCUGUCUGGUCUCAGAGGACGGCUGUGCUUCUCUGGCCUCAGCUCUGAGAUCCAACCCCUCCCAUCUGAGAGUCCUGGACCUGAGCUACAACCAUCCAGGAGACUCAGGACAAAAGCUGCUGGAGGAUCCACGCUGCAGACUGGACACUCUCAGGGUGGAGCCUGCUGGAGUCCACUGGAUGACAUCAGGUCUGAGGAAGUAUCGUUGUGAACUCACAGUCGACACAAACACAGUCAGCAGGAGGAUCAAACUGUCUGACAACAACAGGAAGCUGAUACAUGUGAAGGGGGAGGAUCAGCUGUACCCUGAUCAUCCAGACAGGUUUGACUGUCCUCAGCUGCUGUGUAGAGAUGGUCUGACUGGUCGCUGUUACUGGGAGGUCGAGUGGAGCGGAGAAAAUGUUAAUAUGUCAGUGAGUUACAGAGGAAUCAGCAGGAGAGGAGACAUUAAAGACUGUCUGUUUGGAUGGAAUGAUCAGUCCUGGGGUCUGUGGUGCUCUUGUGGUCGUUACACUGUCAGGCACAAUAAUAGAGAAACAUCCUACUACUACUCCUCCUCCUCCUCCUCCUCCUUCUACUCCUCCUCCUCUGGUAGAAUAGGAGUGUAUGUGGACUAUCCUGCUGGCAUUCUGUCCUUCUACAGUGUCUCCUCUGGCUCUCUGAUCCACAUCCAGACCGUCAACACCACAUUCACUAAACCUCUUUAUCCUGGAUUUGGGUUUGGGUCUGGGUCUCUGCGGUAUCAUGGUUCCUCAGUGUCUCUGUGUCGUCUGUGAGAGGACAGACUGUCUCCUCCUGUUUUUUACUCUUUUUACAUUUAACUCACUGAAACCUUGUGUUUCCUCUCCUGUCCUCUCCUCUCUGCUCUGUGUAAACAGCCUCUCCUGUCCUCUCCUCUCAGCUCUGUGUAAACAGCCUCUC